AUUUGUGGAAAAUUAUUAUAAAGUAUAUUUAUGAAAAAACAUUUAAUUCCAAAUGGAAUUGAACAAAUCAAUAUGAAACCCCAUCCUUAUGAACAGAUAUAUAAUUUAAAAUAAGUAGCCAUACAAACUUUUUUCAAGUUCAUCCAAGUAUAAGUGAUUAAAAAAUACACACAAUGGAACGAUUUGCAAUAAAGAUUGAUAGAAAGCUUAAAGCAAAUUUAUACAAAAUUUGUCGUUUAUGCGGUAUGGAUUAUCCAGAUAUGAUUCCUAUCUUGCCAGAAGAUGGUGCAGAACCACCCCAGGUAGAUCAGGCUGUCGAUGUCGAGAGUGAACCGGAGAUGUCUCAGAAAAUAAAUGUACUUAUUGGAUUGCUGAUAACAAAGGACGAUCGUAUGCCACAGACCAUGUGUAGUUUAUGUGUCGACAAAAUUAACGAUUUCUACGAGUUCCGUGAAAUGUGUUAUGCCACAAACGCUCAGACAAGAAAAUUGUUGGGUCUUAAAACUAUUGUAAAAAAGCCUGUCAUUGAACCAAAACCUAAAAUAGAAGUUAAAGAAGAGGCACCAAUAGUACCUCCUUCCAUGCCCAACAAACUUCUCAAUCGUAAACGGAAAGCGGAAAUGGUGGUAGAACCACCACCUGCAAUUCUGCCCAAAAAGGAAACAGCUCCACCGGUAGUCAGCAACAAAAAGUUACGUUUGGCAGCUCUGCCUCUUGCUAAAGAUGUCCCCACAAAGAAGACAAAAUUUAAGGCAAAAGAAGUUGCUAAAGAAACUAAGGAAGAAGAAAAUGAAGUUGCUGUCAAAGAAGAGUGCCGCGAAGUUCUCACAAGGAAGUUGAGAAUUUUGAAAGAGAGAGAGAAGGAGGCCAAGAUUGUGGUAGUAAAAGACGAAGCAAAAGAAACUGCACUUAAGGAUGAAAACAAAGAAACGGUUUCUAAAAAAGAAGGUAAAGAUAAGCUUAAAAGAGAAAGCAAAGAACUAGCAGCUCUUAAAAAGGAUAUCAAAGAUAUUGUGGAUUUACCUCCAAGAAAAGAAGCCAAGGAUUUAAUGCUUAAGAAGGAUGGCAAAGAGGUAGUGCCUAAAAAAGAUGCUAAGGAGUUAACAUCUAAAAAAGAUGGUAAAGAUUUUGCGUCUAAAAAAGAUGGUAAAGAUUUAUCAUCUAAAAAAGAUGGUAAAACAGAGUUCCCAUCUAAAAAAGAUGGAAAAGAUGUAUCUUCUAAGGAUGAGGGAAAGAGAGUUACAUUUAAAGAUGACAUUAAAAAAAUAUCAUCAAAAAAAGACAACAAAGAGAUUUUAGCGAAGAAGGGAAAACACAAAAACAAAGAGGACGCCAAUGAGGCACCAGCCGUAAAAGAUGAAAUCAAGGAAGAAAUUAAAGAAGAAUCCAUAACAGCAGGUCCAUCAGUAGUAAAUCCGGCGGCAACCGCAGGAAGUAUAGUCCUAAAACUAAAACACGGCUGUACCAUAUGUACAGAACGAUUUGGCUCUAAGGGAAAGCUAGAAGCACACGUUCGUCUACAUCAUAUACCAAAGGUCGAGCGUUAUGUUUGUUCUGCUUGUAACGAGACUAUAUCCAAGAGCUUUGAUAUUAAGAACCAUCAACUUUGGCAUAAAUUGUCAAAGACACCAUAUGUUUGUGGUCUAUGUGGAGAGUCCAUUGUCAGUACAUAUGCGUAUGCUCGACAUUUACAGAGCCAUAGCUUUGAAACUCCGCCUGCAUUAAUGGUACUAGAUCGAGAAUGUCCACAAUGUCAUAUCCAAUAUGAAACAAAUUUCCUGUACAAUACACACCCAUGUGCUGUUAAAACAAGACGUUGUGCUGGAUGCAAUCGUUUGCAACGUUCUGAAACUGAAUACGUUAAACAUUCCGCAAUCUGUGCAAAAGUGUAUCUCAACUACUCGAAACAUGUUGCUCCGGGUGUAGAGGCUCAAGAGGAUGCUGUUCGAAUCAAAAAUGAAAACGAGGUAGAAGCAGCUGCUGAAGAAAUGGCUCGGCUGACAGGUCUGCCAUUGGAUAUGUCGCCAGUUGUUCAUUUAACCCGUCUGUCCUCUCCCAUUAUAAUGGCAGCAAAUCAGUGUGUAUCCAUACCUGGUCUUGAUGAUUCACCAACAACAUCGGGUAAGCGAUCUGGCAAGAAAGGUGUGUCCAAAAAAGAACUAAAACGGGUAGAUGAGCUCUUGAAAUCCACUUUGGAUGCAUUAGUUAGUAUUAAACAUGAACCAGAAGUUCAUGUUGAGCCCGAAACCCAGCCUGCGGAGGGUGAAGCCAGUGAUAACGAAACAAGCGAUGCAGAACGGAAUAUGGACCACAGUUUCCAAGAAGACUAUCACCAUAACGAGGACAGUGAACAAGAUGAUGAGGCAGAGGUAAAUAAAAAAGUUACCAACGAUAAGCAGCACGAAUGUGUGAAGAUAAAACAGGAGGCAGAUGAUAACAUGGACACUUCGGAAAUAAACGAACCGGCGAAUAAAACUUCUGGCUUUGGAUUGAAGUUAAAGAUAAGAAAAGAGCAUGGUCAACUUAAUUCGUCAAUAAUUGAACAGCAGACCGUGGAGAAGAAGGCGGAAAAACGAAAGAAGAAAAAGAAACACAAAGACAAAGAAAAAGAUAAACUGUCGAAAUCCCACAAAGAGCACCAAGAAGAACACAAUUCUCGCGACUCUUUCAAUACCUUACAAAAUGAAGAUAUUGCCCCUGCCGCACACUCUGCAGCCGGCAUUGCGGCUGCUGUUGACAGUGACAAAACUGAUGCAACAGUACAAAUUAAGACAGAGCCUGUCGAAAAUAUGGACACAGAUGAAACUUUGGCUAAUUCUGCACAAACCAGACCACAACCAGAGGCUACAAUAAUGACAUCAAUACCAAUGAUGCAAUUGCAAAUAUCCUGCAUUUCCGAGGGUGUUGAAUUUAAUGGUGCGAACACAAGCACCGAAGCGGCAGUCGACGAGCAGGCUAAUUGUGUAACAAACAACCAUAGCAUUUCCGAUGACCACGAAGAAGAUGUAAAGCCUAACCGCGAAGAAUUAGACAGAAUGUUGAAUAUUUCCCACGUAUCCAGUGGCGUGGAAAUGGACGCAACUUUAAAAAUCUCCAAUAUUUCCAGUGGUAUUGAAAUGGAAACAGAUCCAAACGAAGCAGAGACACCUAUGGACUAUAACGAAGAAGAAGAGCAGGACAAUCAAACGCAACCGACAUCACCUAAUGAGAAUCAAAGCGAACAGCGACCCAGUAUGAAAAACAAACAAAAAACAACUAAAACAAAACCCAUUCAAAAAGUCACCUUGAAGACGCCUGCGGUUAAAAGUCGAAACAAAGCUUGCAAGUCCACUGCCAAGCCUAGUGCUGUACCGCCGUCGACAUCGACAACACCAACACCAAUACCAACGCCGACAUCACUUCCUGUUCUUCAAAUCUCAGCUGUUCAAAGUGGUGUUACAUUGCCGCCAACAGCAGAACCGGAUCAAAGUGAUUUUAUACCGAUGUUUAUUAAACCAGAACCUCAAAAUCGAGGAUAUUCCGAUGAAACCACAUCGACACAGCCCCAUGCAUCUCCAAGAACAGCCGCAUCUUCUACACCUUCGCCAUCUCAUUCGCGCUCGCCCUCACCUUCGCAUUCACACUCGCGUUCACCAUACCCAUCGCCAUCGCCAUCGCCAACACCAACAGAGCCUGAGGAAACUACAGCUUCACAGCAAUUUACUGCCGAGGAGCAAGCCUAUAUAUCUACAAUAGAUUUUAACAACAUUACAAUUAAGCAGGAGAAGGAUCUGGAAAUCAACGAUAUUCAAGUGCCAGCAAAGAAACCACGAUCACGAAAUUAUUCCGUCAAUGGAAUUAAGAAGCGCAAAAUCCAUCACGAUCACAGCAAAGAUGAUGACGCCAAGAAGGUGGCAGCAGCGGUGGCUACAGAAAAUGAUAAGGACAUGGUAGCCGCCGCUCCAGAUGAAAAUGAUGAGGAGCCAGAUGAGGAAGAGGAGGAGGAGGAAGAGAAGGAGGCUGCAGCAUCUGCUGACGAAGAAGAAGCAUCUGCUCAAGAAGAAGAUGAACCCGAAGAAGCAAGUGAAGAGGAAGAGGAAGAGGAGGAAGAAGAAGAAGAGGACGAGGAAGAAGAUGAACUUGAGGGUGCUGAAGAGGAGGAAGAAGAACGAGAAUACAGAGAGCUAGAAUAUCCCCCAGAAUUAGGAGAGACACCAGAAGAACCGAUGGAAGCAGAUGCUGAAGAAGACGAUACAGAAGCAAGUGAAAUGGAAACAAAUGAUGAGGCCGAAGAGGCCGACGAUAAUAAUCUUCAGGAAACUGAGGAAACUAAAUCACCUAAUACUCCCGAAGACCCAAAUAGUAGCGAUACUAAUAAAACAACAUGCGAUAACGAAGAGGUUGCACUCCAUCGAAAUAAUGAAACAAAAACAGAUGAUGAAUCGGGGCAAGUAUCUACGACAUUACCCGCUUUUGUUAUAGCCAGUGUUAGCAGCAAUGUGUCCGAAUGUACACCCACACAGGAAUCAAAACCACUUCAGGAUGACACCUCAGUAGACAGCAAAGAAACAAUGAGGGAGCAGGUACUUGCAUUUAAUACCAGUGUAGAUAGUAUAGCCCCCAUAUUGCCUGGCGUCGAAGUAGACAGUAAAGAAACAGUGAGGAAGCAGGUACUUGCAUUUAAUACCAGUGUAGAUAGUAUAGCCCCCAAAUUGCCUGGAGUAGAAGGAGAGGAAACUUUAGCAAGUCGUAUAAAAGAAGAGUGCGAUGACGUAUCGAAUACUUCAUUAACAGCAACAACAGUUUAUCAUCAAUUGCCAGAGGAAACUGCACAAAUAAGUUCUUUAACAGAGCCUCUGUCUAGCAGCUCGGUGCCUGAACAAGAAUCGCUACAAAAUAUUACAAGUGUUUCACAAAUACCAGUAUUACAAAUCACUUCCAUAACAUCGGCACUUCAGGAUUUAGACAAAACGACAGAAUCUUUGCAUGCGGAUGCAGAAUCGAACAUUACUUGGGGCCCCGAAAAAAAGGGUGUAGCAGCUACAGUCGAAGAGUCGGACUCAACUCUUAAACCCAUUGAGUCAGAAAUGCAGACCAGCGGUGGGUCUGCCAGCCCAAGUGCAUUAGUAUUGCCUUCUAUGGAAAUAACUCCUUUAGAUCGUGGAGUAAUUACACAUGAAACUAACGCCCUUGAUCCCUCAUCAGUUCCUGGAUGUUUAGAUGCAGUAACUAAUGAAAUACCCAAACAUGAUGAACCAGCGCUUAUGCCUCAGUCUGAUGUCAUAGCUAUGGAGACAGCGAAUACAUCAGAAACUUUAAAUCUAGCGGCAGACGAUUCCAAUAAACAAAUUUUGGAGAGCAAUUCUACUCAAAGUGUAGAAGCUAAUUCAAGUGAAACUGCUCUUACACAUCAGCUAUCAGAAAUAUGCACAGGCCAUCCAAUGACAAAUCAAUUCAAUGCAAUAGAGACAAUGGAAAGUCAAAAAACAAUCUCACACGAGCCCCAAAGCACUGUCGACAAUGAAAUCAAUUCCGAAACCCAAAUUCCCAUAAAUACAUUAGACCAAAGUAUGCGGGAAGUUGAACAACAUCAACCAGUGAGUGCUGAUGGGACACCACCAAACGAAAUGAUAUGCAAUCUUGCCCCUAGUGAAAAUGCUAUCGAUGAAAAUGAAAUAUUUGGAACUAUAACGGGGGUUGUAAAACAAGCAUCCGAAAUAGAUUCACAAGCCCAGCCUAUUUUCGAGUCAUUGCAAGACAAUUCAACGACAGAACAGCCCAUGACGUCUUCUAUGGCAGACAAUGACAACAAUGAAGAAUAUGAUGAGAACGGUGAAGAAAACGAAGAUGAAGACGAUAACGAUGAAGUGGACAUGAACGCUGAGCACGAUGGCGCAGAUGAAGAUGCCGAAGAAGAAGAUGAAGAUUACGCUGAGUCCGAGGAUAAUACAAAUCCAAAUAUAGAAGAAUUGCAAAAUAAGCAAAAUCUAGAACAACAACUUUCUACACAAGUAACCACAGUCAGACCUGCAGCCUUAGCUUUGCAUCCCUAUCUGGAGGAUAUUUCAUCCAGCAGCAAUAGUUUUUUAAGUAACACAUUAUCACAAACACCACCACCGCCGUUAGGCAACAGUAACUGCCCCAACAGCCAACAGCAGUUGUCACACAGAACACAGCAAAAUGAAGAGACUGAAAAUAUUUUAAAUGAAUCAAAUGAUAUGCUUGGUGCCACGCUACGUGCAGGAGGAGGACCUUCGUCGUCGUCCUCUUCGUCCCAUCUGGUGACGACGACACCGACGUCGACGUCAACGACACAUAGAUUACCCUUUAAUUUUGAUAAUAUCAAUGAAAUUGCCGAAAACAACAAUAAUGCAAAUAUCGAAAGGGAACAGUUGCAAGAUGAUCAGCACUAUCACCAUCAUCAACAGCAGCAGCAACAGCAACAACAACACUUAUUAAGACAACACCAAGAAAUGUCGCCAGACGAUGUGACAUAAAGCAAUACACCACAUAUACCUAUACCCAGCCCAGCAGCCAUAGACUCGUUUGUCUGUAACAACCCUUAACAAAGAAAACAAAGCAAAACACUUUUUUAUAUACAAAGAAAAGUAUGAUUAUAUAUAUUUUUUAUUGAAGUCAUAUGGAUUAUACACCAAACACAUUGGCUGAAAGUCCUGGACCUAGUAAGCACAAAAAAGUCCUGGACCUAGCAAACACACUUCACCAUAAAAUGAAAGGUAGACAAUCGUAGUCAUUCCUCCUUUUUAACCCCAUGAUUUGUAUAUCUAAAACCCUGAUUUAUUGCGACACAUUAACAUUCUAAGGCGCUCUAGAUAUGUCUGUUUGAAUGCUACUGCUUUUAAAAACAAAUCUAUAGAGCUCCAACAUGGUACAGAUCAAAGUUUUCCCUGUAUGAUGUUGGAAUCUAUCGGACUAUAACUUUAUAUAGCUGCAAUAUAUAUCUAUUUUAUAUCUUGAGUGCACCGAAAGCAACUUUUUUCAAUCGUUUGUAUAUGGACCGAUAAGUUGCACACACUGUGCAUCCUACUUUCUACGCCAAAUGUUCAUGUAUUUAUUUAACUCCCGUAUUGGCUGAUCACCGGUUUUGUUCAAUUUUCGGCCUGUACAUGUAUGUAUUCCGAUAUAGGUACCAUUAGCAUAGAUUUCCCACAUUUUCUCAUUUUUUUGGUACAGUAAGGCAAUUUUGCGUAAAUUUAUGUUUAUAGCUAUCAAAAUCUAUGAUAGAAAUGCAAUGCUUUUUGAUCAAUGAGGCAAACUCUUUGAAUACCAAAGGCAGAAACUUGGUGUCACAUUUGACAACCGUUGUAGGUUCUCAACUCAUGCUGCUAUAAUUUGCGAAAAAUGUAGAAUUCAAGAUAAAGUCCUGAAGUCAUUUGCCCAAAAGCGCGGGGAUUGCUGACAAAAAUCUUGUUGACAGCACAUAAAACAUUUAGUCGGUCAGCAGAGAAAUAUGCAAUUAGUCGGUCAGUAGGGAAAUAGGUCUGAGCAGUAUCGCAGCAGCCAGCACCAAAAACCAGAAAUGUCAGGUUGGAUUAUCAUAAUGUAGACAAUCCCAUGGCAGCCGGUUGCAAGUACCGGAUUGAUCCGAUGGAGUCCUUCAUCGGCAAGGGCUGCAGCCUCAGUGUACAACUUACUGCUACAACAACAGCAACCAUAAUGUAAAGUGCUACAAAAUUUAGCAAACUGCGUUAAUUUCUCUUACGAGAUGAGCUUUAUGAUCGAAAAUUUAUUUUUAUACCCUCCACCAUAGGAUGGGAGUAUAAUAAUUUCAGCAUUCCUCUAAAUAUGCGUCUAAGACCCUAUUAAGUAUAUAUAUUCUUGAUCGUCAUGACAUUUUAAGUCGAUCUAGCCAUGUCCGUCCGUCUGUCUGUCAAAGGCACGCUAACUUUCGAAGGAGUAAAGCGCUUGAAAUUUUGCACAAAUGCUUCUUAUAAGUGUAGGUUGGUUGGGAUUGUAAAUGAGCCAAAUCAGUCCAUGUUUUGAUAUGGCCGCCAUAUAAACCGAUCUUGGGUAUUAAAUUCUUGAGCCUAAAGAGGGCGCAAUUCGUAUCCGAUUUGACUGAAAUUUUACACGUGGUGUUUUGGUACCACUUUCAACAGUUGUGGUACGUAAAAUUCAAAUCGGUUCAUAACCUGAUAUAGCUGCCAUAUAAACGGAUCUCCUGAUUAGACUUCUUGAGCUUCUAGAGGGAGCAAUUCGUAUCCGAUUUGGCUGAAAUUUUGCACAUAUCUUUAAGGAAUGACAUCCAACAGCUGUGCCAAGUAUAGCCUAAAUCUGUCCAUAACCUGAUAUAGCCGCCAUGUAAACCAAUUUUCUUGUGAGCUUCUAGAAGGCGCAAUUAUAAACCAAUUUGGUUGAAAUUUUCCAUGUGUCGUCUUGGUACGACUUCCUACAACUCUGAAGUUUAUUAAUUUUUGAGUGCCAAGAAAACACAUAUUUAAAAAUGUUCGAAAUUCCAAUUAGCUCUAAUAUUUGCUCAAAUUAGAGGCUUUACCAACAAAAGUGGCUAGAACAUUGAGGUCCGAUCUGCGAGCUACCACAGGUUGCGGAUAGUGGAAUGCUCCAAACGGAGUAGCGGCAACGGCAGUAUCGGACAAACAGUGGUAUCGAGCGGAGAGUCUCAGUGAGAGGCCGAGCGGCACCGACUCUUGCACAAAUACUGAGUGCCCAUGAUGCUCGAUAUGACAAGGCAGGUUAUUGGCGACUUUAAAUAACCAAUGGCUUCCCUAUUCGCGCGGCGAUCGGUACUUUGGAUCGGAACGAGCUUGCUCACCUACAGGAGCCUGACGAGGAUCGCUACCUUCACAUGAAAAUUUGGCUACAACAACAAAAACCACCAAGAUGGCAGAUUUAAUUAGUUUUCAUAAGGUCAUUGUAGCCAUAGAUAGCUACCAAGUGACUGCUAACAAAUGGCUCAGAUAGAAAGAUUGUGAUUAGAGCUCAAUCACCGCAAGGACGAGUUGCGUACCCCUUUUUGGCUCUAGGAUAUCUGUCGGAUUUUCAGGUCAUUUGAACUGAACAGUUAAAGUUUGUUGGCUACGAGCAUAACGUUGUCAUCAUGGUGUGUGGCCAUUCAGAGUGCUUAUAGUAUGCUGCCAAAAUACUAGGUAACUUGUUAUGUUAAAAAGACCUCUCCUAGAAGUGAUGGGGCUGCCUCUCUCCCUUCUGAAUGUCCUGAAAACCCAUUGCAAUGUCAGGACGUUGACCUUGCGGUGGUAAAAAGGCGGUCAUAAGCUUGAUUUGUGGGGAGGAGGAGGAGUCAUAGACGGUUGAGCACCUAUUGUGAGAUUGCCUGCAAUUGCGAAAGUAGAUGCAGGAUUAUGACUACACAAAAACCUAAUUUCCUGUCUAAAUUGUCUUCAUAUGCAAUAGUCCUUUUGCCAUUUUGGACUACUUUAGCUUUAAAUUGCACAUUGGAGGGAGCUUUUCCAGACCCCCUGGCCGUUUUAUCAUCUAUGUUGGCUCCUAAUCUCCUUCAUAUUAAUGUUUGGCAUUGUACUGACGUAAAUUUUACCAGUGUUCUUCUGCAUUUUUUGAAUCUUUCGGGGGUGACAAAAUGGUGCUAAGUUCCCUGAGUGACACUGAUAUUGAAUGAGGCUGCUAGACGCGUAACAUAACAUAACAGCAGCAAACACAAUUUAUAAAAUAAUUGUUUUAAAGUUUAUAUUUUUGAACGGCGAAUUCAAAAAUAAGUUGACAUAUCAAAUUCUGUCAGCUGAGAUGCCACCGGAUAAAUACGCUUUGGGUUGUACAAUCCCGAAAUAUAUAACAGGCAACCCUCAUAUUUCCUUUUCCGUGAAGAAAACUAUGACGUAAUGGACGAUAUGGGUUUUCGGCAGUCUUUUUUUCCAAUAUGUGUCUCUUUCGUUUUUUUUUUGCUGUAGCAUUAAUGUUGAAUUUUUUCUGUUAUUUUAAUCCUCUUUGCAAAUAGUAGAUAAUAAUCGAUUAAUGGUGAUGUGCACUAUAUAGUACUUCAAAUAAAUCUCAGCAAUUAUUGGCAGCGUUUUAGAACAAUAAAAUGCAAAUCACGAUUAAUCGGUUCUUAUUGCCUGAUAUCGAUAACUUACCAGUGCAAUUUUGCUCUGGUAUUCUAUCCAGAACAUCUGACUUGCACUGGAUGGGACUAAAACAAAACACAGCAGUUAGCCAUCAUCCGUGGCCCUACAACAAUGUUUAAACCUAGCAUACUUUUUUGCUGCAACGUAGUUUCGCGUUAUACGUUGCGGAGCUUCACAGUGUUUUGCUUCAUCAGGGAUUUUUCAACCACGCCCAUAUUUUUCGUUUUCAAUUUCAAUGCGCGUGAACUAUAUUUUUUACCUUCAAUAGCAUAUUUAGAAACCGUUGCGUCAUUUAUAAAAAGUGAUUACCUACUUAUCUAUCGUUGAUUGGGAAGUACUUUUCACAUUAGAAUCAGUUUCUUCUCUUUUCACAAUGAACUAUUGGCAGUGUUAUAGUAUAUUCAACGAUAAUAAAUAUAUUGUCAUAAGCUUUAAGCAGCUUUCCUUUGAAGUUUAGUAUUUGUUUUUAGUUCUGUGUGUUAAGACCAGGAUUUUUCAGUCCAUGUGUUACUUUAUACGUAUAGGCACAUGCAUUACUAGAAUUAGUAACUGAAAUAACCCAGCAAAUCCGAGCAUACUCACCUAUUUUUGGAUAUUUUGUAAAUUAUUACCCAAACCCCCAAAAAUUACACACGCUUUCCCCAUAAAAUUUGUAUGUAUAAGCUAUUUAUAUAAAAACCCCGUCCUCAAAUCACCCCAUUCCCAAUGUCCAAAGAAAAAUUAAAUUAUAAAUCAUUAAUUUCGUAAAAACGAAUUCCCACACACAUGUCCCUGCCCUCUUCAUUAUAUUGCCCUUGCGUGCGUGCAAAAGAAAAUCUCAUUUCCAGAUCCGAUAAAGCGUUUAUAUUGUAUAGUUUGUAAUAAUUUUGUAUUUUUCGUUUUUAGUUUUUAUUUUAAAAAACGUCGUUUUAAAUUUGUCUAUUUUUAAUAUUUGUCCCCCUAGUAAAUAAGUUAACUUCAUUUCAUUUUUUAAAUGAAUUCAGAACAAAACGAAUAUAUAUUUGUGUCGUCUAAAAUAAUUUAAUUGUAAUUUGCAUUCGUAUCUAAUUUAAUUUAAUUUGUCUAUAAGCGAAACUAAUCUUUUUUUUCACAAAAAAGAUAUUUGUUCAUAGAAAAUAAUAACAAAAAAAAAAAAAAAUAAACAAAAAAUUAAUAUUUGUUAAUAGAAAUUAACCGCUCGUAAGAAAAUGUAGAAUGUAAUACAGAUAACGAUAAACACGAACGAUGAUAAUAUAUAAAAAUAUAUAAGGAUUCGGCUUAAAUUUUAAACAAAACAAA